AUGAACAUUAGAACUAGCGCACCAAUUUAUAUAAAUCUACCAUACCCAGAUUCAAGAAGAAAAGUUCAUAUUACUUUUAAAUAUAAUGAUAAAAACGAAUGGAUUUCUUUAAAUCAAGUUAUUGGUCAUUUGAAGCAUACCCCAAUUAUUAAGACUCUCCUCGAUACAAACAAAGAAAAUAGUCUCUAUUUGUAUACUACCGAUGAUAAGUUGAUUAAAACCUUGUUGGAGAUUGUCAAUGACCAAAAACUCUUGUUAAAGUUUGAGCCAAACAAUCCCGAUAUCGACUACUCAAAGAAUGUAGAGAAACCCAAACCGGUUCCAGUGGCUAUAGCCGUUCACAAGCCAAUGGAGGAUAUGACCAACAAGCAAUUUGCACUGUGGGAGAAAGAUUAUGUUGCCGACUCUGACUUUCUAAAUCAAAUGUUUGACUUGAAGUCGCGAUAUCCAGACAGAGUUGAGAUUGGAGAAUCCUACCCGUAUACUGCAAGGAUUUAUAUCUCCAAUUCCACCGAUCUAUGGAGUGAUACAAAGAAUCUUGGAGCUUGGGUCUAUUUAAUGGAUAAGCCAAACACAAAGCCAGAAUUCACUGUAUACUCUGAUUAUAACCAGCUCGCUUCCCACAUUAAAUACAUCAUUGAAACAACUCUCACCUCUGUAUCACAAAUCAAUGAUCACCACAUAACCUCCAAUAUUGGUCAGGGUAAAGGAAACAUUGCACCAAUUUCCUGUCCAUCACAUUGUUGCCCGAAUAUCCUGGACUCUGUAACAGUGGCAACAUCAUUAAGUCCAAACCAGCAUCGACGAUUUAUUGAUCAGCUCUUUGAUGAGUAUGUAAUGAUCACUGAAUCGAAAUCAUGUGGAGUUGAUGCAUGCAAUAGAGUUAUAUAUUCAUACCCUAACAUCAACAAAAUCAUACCAUUCAUUCCCUGUGGUUGUAACAAUGCUAUGUGUGCUUUCUGUGGACAACCAGCAAGUCAUUGGCCAAACCCAUGUACUAUUGAAUAUGUGUCUCGCGAUACCCUGAGAGAGUGGAUCAGUAUAUCAACUAUUUUGAAAACUACAACACUGUGCUCACGUUGUCAUGUUGCUGUUGAAAGAACUACUGGCUGCAAUCACAUGACUUGUAAAAUGUGUGGACAUCAGUUUUGUUAUGCUUGUGGAGGGGACUACUUUAACCAUUUAACCUGCAACGUCGAAGGAAAAUCCUAUAAUGCAGCCAAAUAUGCUAUCCAAUCACUCAAUCUAAAGAUUACUGAAAACAAUUUACUAAAGAUCGGACAGUUUCAAAAAGUCCCAACUUUUCUCGAGUUCAAACAUAAAUUCCAAGAAUAUUUAGAUAAACAUUCGGCGAAUGACGAAGAAAUCAACUUGGUACAACCAAUAAUUAAAUUAUUUAAUGAAUUAAUGGCAAUGCCAAUAAAACAAAGAAAGUUGGAGAAAUGCAGAGAGGUUGGUGAUUUAAUUGGUUCCUUUUGGCAAAUUACCAAAGGAAAGAGUAUCCACAGAACAAGCCGAACAUCCAUUAAACAUUCAAAUGAAACCGAUGUUUUAAUUAAAACAUUGAUGUGCGACAUUUUAUUAAAUGGUUACAGUCAGGUGGUUACACAGUUGUUUGUCAACUCGAGCAUCGAAUUGUUCAAGAUGGAAAUCAUUAGAAAUCUGAACAAGAAGUUGGUCAACAAAAUCGUGUUUACCAAUGACAAUAGUCCGGAUUCUCAAAAGACCUUAAGAAAGAUCAGAUUAUUUAACAAGGAAGGAUUUGAGGUCUUUUCAGUCAUGGAUAUCCCUCAAGGCGAUCAAUUGUAUGUCACAUUGGAAGGUGAAAUGUUUAUUAGUCAACCAAAGGACGAGCAGAAUCCAAAUCUUGUUGAUAGAAAAAAACAAUUGUUGGAGCAAUUAAUUCAUCUUCAAUUGGAAAGCAACAAGGAUAGUGCCAUCGAAGAGUUACAAGAUUUAAGAACGAAUCCAUUGUACAGAGAGACUUGUUUUUCAGAUCAAGAGAGAACAGACGAACAAGCUAUCAUUGAAGCUCUACAGGAUUUCAGUGACGACGAUGAUGAUAAUGCUUAUUAUAACGAAGAUUGUGAAGAAAUUGGAAUUUAUGAUAAAUAUCAAGAUUAUGUUGACAAUUAUUAA